GGGAACCACAAGGAGUCUGAUUCUUUAAACAAAUUUUUCAGUAGGACUGCCUGCUUCCCUUCCUCUGCUGUGUCGGAACCAGACAAAAGGAGUUUGAAGGACCCCAAAUACUUCUACCUGAAGCCAAGGCCCAGAUCCAGCCGCCGCCAUGUCGAGCAAGCGUGCCAAGGGAAAGACCACCAAGAAGCGCCCCCAGAGGGCCACCUCCAACGUGUUUGCAAUGUUCGACCAGUCUCAGAUCCAGGAGUUCAAAGAGGCGUUCAACAUGAUCGACCAGAACAGAGACGGUUUCAUCGACAAGGAGGAUCUGCAUGACAUGCUGGCCUCUCUGGGUAAGAACCCCUCUGAUGAAUACCUGGAGGGGAUGAUGAGCGAAGCACCAGGGCCCAUCAACUUCACCAUGUUCCUCACCAUGUUUGGAGAGAGGCUCAACGGAACGGACCCCGAGGAUGUCAUCCGCAACGCCUUUGCCUGCUUUGAUGAGGAGGGAUCGGGCGUGAUCCACGAGGACCAUCUGAGAGAGCUGCUGACCACCAUGGGUGAUCGCUUCACAGAUGAAGAGGUGGACGAGCUGUUCCGCGAGGCACCCAUCGACAAGAAGGGCAACUUCAACUACGCAGAGUUCACCCGCAUCCUCAAACAUGGCGCCAAAGACAAGGAUGAUGAGUAGCGGGAGGAAACGACCGCCUCGGGCCCCCGCACACAUAAUACACCACAAAUCCAUCCCUAGUUGUUACCUUUGUGGAUCCUGUAGGUUUAAGAGAAACUGAAUAGGAAUGUAUGUAGGAAUACUGUAUAACAAUGUCUUGUAUAAAAGGAAAGAAGUAAAUUGUGUUGCCUUUAUUUAGAUCUACACGUUUUUCAAAGGUAAAUUCUUGGGAUUCAAAUAUCCUGCAAUCUACUAAUGUUUAAGUUUUUAUCAUCAUUGAAGGUUUAUAUCCAUGAAGAGAUGUGUAUCACAGUAUCUGCAUCUCAUAGCAACAAGUCUACUGCAGCUUAAUACAUUUUGACUGCAACUGUUCUGACCUUUGUAGGGAACUUGGUCGGACUGUGAGAUGCAUUUGACACUAAUGUGUGUGCGGGGGGGUGGGGGGGGUUUGGACUGCCGGAUUCAGUGCUACAUAAAGUACCAGCCAUGUUUACCUCCUCCUGCCAAUUAGCUACCACACCUGUACAAGCACUGCAACAAGUCUCCUUCUCUGUAAUAUUUGUGUCCCUGUGUGUUGGAAAUGGAUAAAGAAAUUGAUAAUUAUGUUUGUGUUUAUUACUUUUUGACAAUCAAAAGUGGUGAGUACAUGUCUUCCUCCCAUCAGCUGGUUGUGCGCAUUUGUUGAAGGAUCGGGUAUGUAUGUGCUGUUGAAGGAUGUCAGUCUUGAAAUUGCUCAGGCAAAUAAAGUAAGUUUAUUCAUGCCAUU